AUGUACCUCAGGUACAAGGACCGUUUCGGGGUAGAGCCACCACACGACAACGACCCGAGCCUGGAACAACUAUCGCGGUUGGCACUUCACAUCAAAGCCGGCACCAUACCUUACUUCGACAUGGCGAUGUGGGAACCGGACGGGUCUCCCAGGCCGGACAAGGCAUCCUUCAAGAGCUGCACCUUCGAAGGGCCGACCGGCGAAGUCGUCAAAGUAGACACUCCGGGACCAGCAUCAGUGGAUUCCUGGGAGAAACUAUUCAAGGUUUACAUUGUUGCCAUGACUUUGCUAGGAGCUUCUGAACCUGACGAACUUGACAAAUAUAGGGAGUUCGUGAAAGGACUCAGCGAUCGCUUCGGUCCGUCCUGCUGGGGAUUUAUAUGCAGAGCGGACUCCAAGAUGAGAUCCCAGCAUAUUGAAGAAAUUCGCAAGAACCUGGAAAUCGAGCCGAAACUCGGGGUCCCAAGCUCGAGCCCAUGGUCAGCUGCUUUCACAGAAGCGGUGAGGGCUCAAGACUUUUGGGACGCGGAAGUGAUUUCCCCGAGCACCAUGCUCUUGGGGAGGAACCGCGGCACUUUAGUCGGCUUGAGCUCGGAAUCAUCGGUGGAAUCCUCGCCAGAUAGAUCACCGAGUCGACGGGAGAGCCCAAAGAGCUCGAAGCCCAAGGUAUCCAAGAAAGGCAAGAAGAAAUACACCGGCGAGAACAAGUCACGCUGGGACUUCUCAGUGGGGCAUUAUUCCCUCAACAGAAAGGGCCUUGAAAUCUGUAUCAACUUUAACAUUGGGCAGUGUGGAAAUGGGAAGCCACAAUCCAGGUGCACUUACCACCGGAGCCAUCAAUGCAACCACUGCUUGGGCCCGCACCAAGCAACACAAUGCCCGACCAAAAGCACUUCAGACGCUCACUUGUCGGGUGAAUCUUCACCUCCGGCACAACCAGCGCGUCCCGAUCGGAGGGCAUCUGCCCCCGAGAGCGAAACUCUCGGACAGGAAAGACCCAGUUCUCCGGCAGGCCUGCCACCGCAUAAGAGACACCGAACCAACCAUUCGGACGAGUGUGCGGCCACUGGCUCUUCGGGUAUCCGCCUGGUGCCAAGGGGUCGAUCUCCGUUGCCGCGGAAGAGGCAGCCGCCAUACAAGACACCUGAGCCCGUCCUGGCAGACGGAUCCAUACCCAAACCACCCAGGGAGACAUUGCCUGCUGGCUGUCGGCAGUCGGCUGGGUUGUCGUCGUCGUGGACAUGGCUGGCCCUGUUGAAUGAUGUGCUUGACCCCGACAACUACAGAAACAUCCUACGGGAAGUUCAGGAGGGUGUGUUCGACUGUGUGGGCAUUUCCCCGCCGUCUGAGACGUUGCCCCGGUCGGGGGGCAGUUGUUCGGGCGCUAAACCGUUGCGGGACCUAGAACGCCCAGACGGGCUCGGCCGCAAGAACUUAUCAAAGGCCGAGUACGAGCAGCUGUUGAAGUCCAACCAGAUUUUCGAAUUAUCGGCCGAAGCGGUGAAGUACCAACUCAGGAAACACAGAGCAUUCUGGUUGGAGAGUUCGGAUGACAGGAACAAAGCAGACUUUUGGAAAACGACGUGGGGAACUUCCGUGGAGAAACACGCCCUCGUGGAAAAAGCGGCUUUCGAUCAAUGCAUGUUUGGAGAGGAAGUCCCAAAGCCCACAGAUCGCGCACUUCGGGCUAGACCUGUCCCAGCUCAAAGGGAUCAGGCCAAGCACGAAUGGACAAACCCACCAAAGGCAUUGGGAGUCAGCCUGUGCCGCAUCCUGGCCAAGGCGGUCCUCGAGAUCGACCAGCCGAGGCCGAAGGGGCCCUCCCCUGAGAGGGCCACCCCGGUGGUGCCUGGAGCCACUACGGGCGCCACCAGUGAAAUCAACACUGCCGCUUCUUGCUUGAACCGGCCACGGUUGAAGGGUGGCAGGCAAGUGGCACAUUUUAAGCUUCCAGAAAGCCAAAUCCCGCCCGGAGGCAUGAUCGUCAAGGUCGCCAUUCCGGGCAGGACAGCACGCCGCCCCGUCACUCACAGAAUGUCCGAACAACCGGUGGCAUGGGCAGGGAAGCCCGCCUUCCGGACCGGGUUGUCUGGGUGCAAGCAAAGUAAGGAACCUUGA